GUCCACCCUCUUGCACCCCUAGAUAACCGUCUCCUAGAGAAGGCUGAACUGCUGGCCCGGUUCUCAGACAAGCUGCAGCCAGAGCCAAACGAUGUCACUCCUGCUCCCCAGCAGGGCCCUUGGGAGCAGGAGUCGCGGUCUAACUCAGACCAAGUCCCAUCACCGGACAUUCUGAGGGUGAAAUGGCAAGAGGAGAAGGAGGGACUUCGGCUGGUCUGUGGUGAGAUGGCCUACCAGGUGGUGGAAAAGACCGCAGCCCUGGGCGCCCUGGAGUCCGAGCUGGAGGAGCGGCAGGACUUUGAUAGCAACCUGCGCAACGAGCGCCGCGAGAGGGCCAAGCAGGCGCUGGUGUCCCAGGAGCUGAAGAAGGCUGCCAAGCGGACAGUGAGCAUUAGCGAGAACCCAGACACCUCAGGCAAUGGGACCAGAGAGAAGGCUGAGAUGACUCUCACUCUGCCUGCUGAGCCUGAGUGUCUGGAGGGUGAGGCUGGUGAGAAGUUGAAGAGGCCCUUCAGGUCUGCCUCCGCCACCUCCCUGACGCUGUCCCGCUGUGUGGAUGUGGUGAAGGGGCUUCUGCAUUUCAAGAAGAGGAGAGGACACUCUAUUGGGGGACCCUCCGUGCAGCAGUAUCAGAGCAUCCCUGUGUGCGUGGCUGCCCGACUUCCUACCUGGGCUCAGGAUGUGCUGGAUGCCCACCUUUCUGAGGUCAAUGCAGUUCGUUUUGGUCCCAAUAGCAGCCUCCUGGCCACUGGAGGGGCUGACCGCCUCAUUCACCUCUGGAAUGUUGUGGGAGGUCGCCUGGAGGCCAACCAAACUCUUGAAGGAGCUGGUAGCAGCAUCACCAGUGUGGACUUCGACCCCUCGGGCUCCCAGGUAUUGGCAGCUACUUACAGUCGGGCUGCUCAGCUCUGGAAGGUGGGAGAGGCACAAUCCAAGGAGACACUAUCUGGACACACAGACAAGGUGACGGCUGCUAAAUUCAAGCUAACGAGGCACCAGGCGGUGACUGGGAGCCGAGACCGGACAGUGAAGGAGUGGGACCUUGACCGUGCCUACUGCUCGAGGACCAUCAACGUCCUUUCCUACUGCAACGACGUGGUGUGCGGGGACCAUGUCAUCAUUAGUGGCCACAAUGACCAGAAGAUCCGGUUCUGGGACAGCAGGGGGCCCGGCUGCACACAGGUCAUCCCUGUGCAGGGCCGCGUCACCUCCCUGAGCCUCAGCUAUGAUCAGCUGCAUCUGCUCAGCUGUUCCCGUGACAACACACUCAAGGUCAUCGACCUGCGUGUCAGCAAUAUCCGCCAGGUGUUCAGAGCUGAUGGCUUCAAGUGCGGUUCUGACUGGACCAAAGCCGUGUUCAGCCCAGACCGAAGCUUUGCACUGGUCGGUUCCUGGGACGGAGCCCUGUAUAUCUGGAAUGUAGACACUGGGAAAUUGGAGAGUAGCCUACGGGGACCCCACUGCGCUGCCGUCAACGCCGUGGCCUGGUGCUACUCUGGGAACCACGUGGUGAGCGUGGACCAGGCCGGGAAGGUUGUGCUCUGGCACUAGUGCCAUGACUUCCCUGCCUGGGCUGGAUCUCUCAUCUGAAGCCUGAAGCCAGAGAACAGCUUCCCCCUUCACUGAGCUCCAGGGCCAGGGGGCCAGGGAAGUGUGGGCAGGGUGGGGUGGUCUCAGGGCAUUUAGUAGGGAAGACGGCCUGGCAGGACCUGGCCUGUUGGUUUAAAAACGAAGUGUGGGUUGGGGGUGAUUACAGUACAUUUUGUUUAUUGCUGUCUCUUUACUUUCUCUGCCAAAAGUGGAAAAAAAUUACAUCUAAACUGGUGUCAGCUUGCCUCUUUGCAGCACUCAGGGAGCAGAGAGGCCUUUGGGCUGGUGGCUCAAGGAAAUCCAGGCUUGGCCCCCUUUCCUCCUUGGGCACAGAACUGGGCAGAGCUGGCCUGAGAGGAGACAGCAUGAGAAAGGCCAGAGGCAGCAAAGGGCAGUGAUUCUUGGAGCCAUGGGAACAUCACCCUUGGUCCACGCUGGUCCUGAGGCCAACAUCUUGGGCCCACUCAGAGUAGACUGAGGCCAAGGGGGAGCCGUGGAACUGUGGGAGUCCGAGGAGGGAGGAGGAGAGGCAGCCGGGAAGGGCCCUGGUGGAAAGGGUCCUAACGAAUUGGAAAGUGAUGGCAAGUACGUGGGACACAGGCCUGCCUACCUUUAGACCAGGCAAGUUCUUGCUCCAGAGGCAGAGCCCGAGUGGGUGGGGAAUGGCCUGUGUGUCUGGGAGGGAAGCAGUGGACUGGGUUUGGGCCUGGGCCGCUUACAUCGGCAUCUGAUUUAAUCUUCACAACAUGCCGCCGAAGUGCAGGGCAGACCCAACAGGGUAGAGCCUGGGGACCCCCUUUCCUUCAUCCUCCUGGGGCACGGCGGAGGGGUCAGCAGGACGGCCGCUGUCCGGAGCGAUGAGGGCUGACCUGUGGGGAUCUGCCCAGCUGAGUCAGAGGCUCCAGUCUGAACCUACGCCUCCUUUAUCAUCUUACAGUUUCCCCUGGGGUCGUUGCCAGUCCCAGGGUUUUGGAAACCAUUUCCAGAAUGGACAGCAGAGAGCUAAGAGCCUGGACUCUAGCCGACUGUCUGGGUGGGAAUCUCAGCUCCGCUAUUGAGCAGCUGAAUGGUUUUGAGCAAGUUAUCGUCUUUGUGCCUUAGUUUCCUUCUCUGUAAAAUGGGAUGUAGUGUACACCUCAAGGAUUGUUGUAAGGCCCCAUUGUGCUAGUACUAGUAUUUGUAGAGCUCCUGGCACAUGCCAAAGACUGUGUGUUGGUUAAGUACCCAAAUCUGCUGACUCCCAGAUCACUCACUGCUCUUGGUUGCCCAGCUGUCCCCUGAACUCUAGGUGAGAUACCCAGCUACCUCCUGGGCCUCAUCCCUCCCCCUGCCCCCACAUACACACAUAAGCUCCUCUUCCCCUCACACAGCACAUCCUCUGGCACCAAGGCCUGGGGCCACCGUGUCUCUUUCCAACCCUGCUGCCACUGCAGGCCACCUUCUGGAUCUCCUGUUACCCCACCGGCCCCCUCCUUGCCAUCGUGACGUUCUAAGGUGUCAUGGUCACAUGUCCAACCAUUUGGAGUCCCCUGCUGCCUGCAGAGAAACUCGGCCUGAAUUUCAAAGCCCUUGGAUCCACCCUGCUGGCCUCGGCUGCAUCUUCAUGUCCUGGCUACUCUGAAUGUGUCUUCCAUGUGACUUUCUCUCUAUUCAGACUGUUCUUCCCUCCAGUCCCCAGUUCACAUUUGCCUCACUUGCCAGGCUGGCCAGGGGCCUGCCUCCGGUUUGUGCUCCAGUCUGUGUCUGCCUCCCUUCAUCUUCAGCAGAGAACUCUUGGAAGAGACCAGGAUGGAAAGUAUUCCCUGGGGUCAGACCUGGCACAGAGAAAGCCCCAGGAAAUGUUUAAGGGGCUAAAUUCUGCUCAAGGACGGCAAGUCCAACAGUUAAAGACACUUGGAGUCCAGCGUUCUUAGAAUCUAAAAUUCCAGAGGCCCAGCCCUCAUGUCCUGGCUCCAGGUGGCCACCAGGAGUCACCAGCUGCCUAGUGUCUGCUGAGGCCAUGCUGUCUCCUGGGAUUCAUGGCCCGAAAGACCAGCGCUUCCAGGAGCCACCAUUACCCAGUGCUCGUGUCAGGCCCUGUGCUCUGCACUUUUCCUGCGGUCUCUCUUCUUAAAAAAAUUAUUAUUUUUUUAAUCCUCACCCGAGGAUAUCUUUCCGUUGAUU